AACUAGAAUAAAAAGUUUUCCGCAUGGUGAGUCCGAAUGUCGUGCAUGUUUACGAGGAGUACCUGAAUGCAGCACCAACCUACAGUGGUGUCAAGGAGAGUGGGCGAUUCUACAAUGCGUGACUCCACGAACAGAUGCUAAGAAGUGUUGUACCGUGGCUUCGGUAUUGGUAUCGGCCAGCAAAGAGUGGUCAAAGGUGCAAACCUCCCCGUGCUCUACCUGCUGUCUCGCCAUCCCCCAGCACCUCCUCUGUUGAAGAUGAAAACACCGAUGCCACCGGCUCGGACUGCCUCAUGUCAUGUACAGUCAUUUUCCCUGUGAUGCCAGCGGCUGUUAUUGGAGGUUGUUACAGAGAUACUCCCCUCCAGUGAGCCUUAAGUCUGAGUGGCCUGUGUGUGUGUGUGUGUGUGUCAGCCAGCAGCAGCAGCGUGGUCUCAGUAGCUCUCAGUGAGUGUCCCUAUGGGUGAAGCCCUUUCUUGGACAUUGUGAUCAGCCCUAGAGGCCACACACACACACGCACACACACACACACACACACACACACACACCCAGCGUCGUCAUGGGGGAGGUCGUGCAAAUGCACUUCAGCACGGUGGACUAUGUCAUCUUUGCCUUGCUGUUGGUGGCCUCUGCUGGCAUCGGCCUCUUUUAUGCCUUCUCUGGCGGGCGCCAGCGCACGACACAGGAGUUUCUGAUGGCUGACCGCUCCAUGAGCUGCUUUCCUGUGUCCCUGUCCCUGUUGGCCACUUUCCAGUCAGCUGUGGCCAUCCUGGGUGCUCCAUCUGAGGUGUACACCUUUGGGACUCAGUACUGGUUUUUGGGCUGCUCCUAUUUCUUGGGCCUUCUCAUACCGGCUCAUAUUUUCAUACCAAUCUUCUACAGACUGCGGCUGGCCAGCGCCUAUGAGUAUCUGGAGCUGCGCUUUAGCAAGACGGUUCGCAUAUGUGGGACUGUGACCUUCAUCUUUCAGAUGAUCAUUUAUAUGGGUGUGGUCCUGUAUGCUCCAGCCUUGGCACUCAAUGCAGUGACAGGUAUUGACCUAUGGGGGGCAGUGCUGGCAAUGGGAUUAGUGUGCACUCUAUAUACUGCUCUGGGGGGUCUGAAGGCGGUGAUCUGGACGGACGUGUUCCAGACAGUGGUGAUGUUUGCGGGCCAACUUGCAGUCAUCGUGGUGGGGGCUAGUCAGGCUGGUGGCAUAUCAGAAGUGUGGAGGAAAGCAGUCAAUGGCAGCCGCGUUGCCGGACUAGACCUGAACCCAGACCCUCUGGAACGCCACACCUUCUGGACGCUGGGUGUAGGGGGAAUCUUCCUCAUGUUGGCUUUGUAUGGGGUGAACCAGGCCCAGGUGCAGCGAUACCUCAGUUCUCGCACUGAGAAACAGGCCAUCAUGUCCUGCUAUGUAGUUUUCCCAUGCCAGCAGAUUGUCUUGUGUUUAGGUUGUCUGAUGGGUCUGGUAAUGUUUGCUCGCUAUGGAGAGAACAGCCCUUUGGACAAGGGCUACGUCAAAACUAAUGACCAGAUGGUGCUGUACUUUGUGAUGGAUGUGUUCAGGGAUCUGCCUGGGCUCGCAGGACUUUUUGUGGCCUGUCUCUUCAGUGGAGCUCUUAGCACCAUCUCAUCAGCCUUUAACUCCCUAGCAACUGUGACUAUGGAGGACCUGAUUAAACCUCACUUUCCAAACAUGACGGAAGCUAAAGCCACACUGCUGUCCAAGGGACUGGCUUUGACCUAUGGCCUUGUGUGUCUGGCUAUGGCCUACCUCGCCUCUCUCAUGGGAUCUGUGCUGCAGGCAGCCUUCAGCAUCUUUGGGAUGGUGGGUGGUCCUCUGCUGGGCCUCUUCUGUCUGGGAAUGUUUUUUCCCUGGGCAAACUCUACAGGUGCAGUGGUUGGGUUAGUGGCAGGCCUUGCUAUGGCCUUCUGGAUCGGCAUUGGCAGCUUUAUGAUGCGCAUGUCUGGUUCCAACCCACUGCCAUCACUCAACACCACUGCUCUGCCCCUGUCUGACAACAUGACCACCACUGUCAUGACUACACUGGUCAGUGCCACUACAGCCAAGCCCAGGCUGACAGGUUUGGAGUCACUCUACUCAUUGUCCUACAUGUGGUAUAGCGCUCACAACUCAACCACUGUGGUGGUGGUAGGACUGAUAGUCAGCCUGCUUACAGGACCUAUGAAGGAGAAGGAGCUGACUCCUGGCACAGUGUUUCCAGUCCUGGGCACCCUGCUCUUCUUUCUACCUGAGCGCUACAGAGAGAAGCUCUGCUGUGUCACUCCUCUGGCUCAGAAGCCCAAAGAAGUCAACACUCAGCCUUAUCAGAUGGCCAAGAAAGACAGCAACAGUGCAUCUUCCUGCAAAGACGACACAGUCGCAGAGGACAAAGAGACGGAGGGUAACGGAGCACAAGCGGAGGAGGGAGACCUGGAAACAGGGAUCGUCUUACCCUCAUGCAAACUAGCAGCUCACACAGUUGAGGAGACAGCCUUGUGAUCCUUCUUCCUCCUACUUGCAAUACACACGAGACACACACAUACACACCUUCACCCCAGCUGCUGUACUAUCAAAUUCUUUUGGGGGGGGGACACAGAUCGCAGAUGUGACGUCCAUCACUUUGUAGAAUGUUCUGAAGUUCCGUGGCACCAGGUUUGGGUGAUUGUGUUUAACAUUGACAUAAUCAGUUGAAUCUGAUUAUAGAAAAGGACUUGAGUAUACAUGUAUUUGUAAGACUGGAAAUCAACUAGAAAUCAGUGUUUGCCAUACUGGAACUGUGCAUUUCAAAGUUCUCAGUGUGCUUUGCUCUCAUGUACAAGGAGUUUUACCACUGUGACUGGAUCCAGGCAUUCUGUUUGACUGUUGAAUCAGGUAGUUAAAAGGGAACUCCCAUAUUUUUAAACCUGGACCCCAUGUUUAUAUGCUCGAGUAUGUAAGUGAUUCGUACGUAGCACAAGUUUUCGAACUGGUGCGGUAGAUCACCUCAGCUGUCAGCCGCACCCCCUUAUGACGAAUCAUUUUAAGUGCUAACAAAUAAAAAAUCCUUUUUGUUUAACCAGAAACACAAGAAAUUUCACGGGAGGUGAGUUGUUGCAGGAAGUUGACUUCUCCUUGAGCGAGUCUUGGGUUUCUGAAUGAACACAAAAGGGUUUUAGCCUUUCUGUAAUACUGUCAAACAAAAACAGAGUAACAAUCUCAGCCUGCGGGUGGCAAAAAAAGUAGUGGACUUAACUUUCCCAGUCAGUGUUGUCCCAAAGGACUGUGUUGGAGCUGUGUCGCAAAGCUGCGUUGCAAAAAUAUGUAAACAAAAAUAGUUCCUAAUAGAUGCAAAAUAUAAACUGUGCUAUUUUGAAAGAGUAGACAGAAGCAGAAAAUCCCAGAAUAUUAAUAUAAAAAGAAAAGAGAGACUGAACUUCUGUUUAAGACAUGACAGGUCUGUACUGCUAUGAUAGUGUAGUGUCUUUAUAUAGCCUUGGUUUAAUACUAAUAAUCACCUUCUAGCUGCUAUUGCGUUUGUCUAAGUACAGUCCACACAAGCAAAGCAGUGUGACGAGGUGAGAGCGGCAGUGGCGUCUCGUGGAGGUUACAUUAGAUGUGGCACAGGAAAAUGAGGCCGAGUGCAGAGCUGCUGUAAAUUGUCAAUAUUUUUCCCCCAAGUACCUCAAAAUUGCACAUAAGUUUAGUACUUGAGUAAAUCGUGUUUAGUUACUGUGCAUUCCAUCACUGGUUAUUCUAAACUUCCACUUUUCAUUUUACUUUAAAUGUAUAUCUGGUGGGCGG